AGAGGGCGGGACCCGUUGGCUUCAGCGUCAGCGUCGCUCCCGCGCUGGGGCGAUAGGCCAGCUUCUCUUCGCAGGCCACGGAUCAAAGCGCUGGUGGCUAAGGGUGCCCGUAGAGCUGCCAGCCGCGCGGCGCCGGCUAGACGCCAAAGCAUCGGGGUCAUUGUGUCGUGAAAACGACGCUGGUAGCCGUCUCCACAAGAGCAGGUGAGGCCACUCUAUUAGCCCCAAGAGGGCUCGGCGGCUGCUUGGCGAGUCUCAGCUCGCGCCUACCCCUUUCCUUCCUGGACCCGACGCCAAGCAGCGACCCUGAGCCGACUGCCGGAGGGGCGGGCAAUGGCGGCCUCGACGGCCUCGCACCGGCCCAUAAAGGGAAUCCUGAAGAAUAAGAGCUCUACGACUUCCUCUAUGGUGGCCUCGGCCGAAGAGCAGCCCGGUAGGAGUGUAGACGAAGAACUGAGUAAAAAAUCCCAGAAGUGGGAUGAAAUGAACAUCCUGGCAACAUAUCAUCCAGCAGACAAAGACUAUGGUUUAAUGAAAAUAGAUGAACCAAGCACUCCGUACCAUAGUAUGGUAGGUGAUGAUGAAGAUGCAUUCAGUGAUUCAGAAACUACUGAAGCCCUGACCCCAGAUAUGUUAGCUAAGAAAUUAGCUGCUGCUGAAGGCUCGGAGCCAAAGUAUCAGGUUCAUGAACAAGAAAGCAGUGGAGAUGAAGACAGUGACCUUUCACCUGAAGAACAAGAAAAAAAGCGCCAAUUUGAAAUGAAGAGGAAGCUUCACUACAACGAAGGACUAAAUAUUAAAUUAGCUAGGCAGUUAAUUUCAAAAGACCUACAUGAUGAUGAGGAGGAUGAAGAAAUGUCAGAGACGGCAGCUGGAGAAAGUAUGAAUAUGGAAGAAUCAAAUCAAGGAUCUCCUACAGGUGACCAACUGCAAAACAAAUCACAGAGUUCAUAGAAGAGAUUUGUUCAACACUGUAAUUGUGGGAUACAAACCCUGUUACUAUAUGAUACUGCUUCUUGUUCUCAACAAUUCAUGAUUUAAGUACCAAAAUGCAUACCACUUAUUAUAUGUUGCCAAGAAUUAAAUAACUUUAGAGACUGAUUAGACUGAAAAUGCUUAAUUGAUACAUUAAUUGUGCCUAGUACUUCACCACAAAUACAGCAUAAUAUCAUCAGUCCAAAACUGCAAGUCACUUUUGUAAGAACACUGGUUAAUUUGUAUAAGAUGUUAUAUACUUUUAUGUGUUAGAGGUUAAACAGUAUCUUGGGGAGGAGAUCUAAUUUAUUUUCUUCACUUCUAGAUGUGGUAACUCUUAAUCAAAAUCCAGUUGGAACAACAGAGUAUAUAGGCUGAUAAAUACUCAGUCUGAAAAGUAUUUUAACAUGGCUCAACUUGGUUUACCUGUUUAAUUGAAAAGGAUUAUAAGAGUUACUGUUGCAUAUUCUGUCUUACUACCUUUAAAUUACUUUUGAAUUUCUUUGUGUUUACAAGGAAGGGAUUGAACUUUUUCUCACCAAAAUUAGUUUUAUUCACAAAUAAAUUAUCAGGUUAAACUUGUACUUACAUCUGCUCUUUUUCUGUUCACUUGAUUGGCAGACUUCAGAACAGUUUUUUUUAAUAAAUAUAAUUCUAAUAUAGCCUUAGCAUUCCCUUUAUAUGCCUCUCCUAACCACUUGCCUUUGUUUCCUACUCCUUUCUACAUAUACAUACACUAUAAUCCUUUAACUUUAUAAAGGAUCAUAAAAAGAUUGUCAUGACCUUAGGAACUCUUGCUGCAAAAAUGAAAAUCUUAUUUUGACUAUCAAUGCCAGUUUUUUUCUUAUAAUACAUGGAGAAAAUAGAUUUAAGAACAGCAGUGCUAUAAACAGGAAAUGCAGUUCAACUGCAGCAUUUCUAUACUGGCAGUUGCUAAUUAAGUUGCUGAUUUACAGCUUGCUAAUUAAGUUGCUGUUACUAGUUUAUUGUUUGAUUUAAAUACACCUUAGAAAACAUCAGAGGUUUUUCUUUUUUUGCCAUCAUGAGAGCGUUGUGUGUAACUGUGAUAUGAUAGUGUCUGAAUACACAGUAAGAAGUAAUCCUGAACAACUUUUAAUUUAAAAACUUUAAUCCCUGCUUUAAGAGAAUAUGAUAAUAUAUACUAUGACAAAUGUACUUUAUUCUUCUAACACAGUAAGAAUGAGAUUUUUUUUCCCCCUGAAAUGAAAUGCAUGUCCUCACUGGUGGGGUGUAGUCCUGCAAAGCAAAAGGUCGCAGGUUCAAUUCCCAGCAGGGCACAUGCCUAGGUUGCAGGUUCAGUCCCUGGUCGGGGCACUUAAGAGAGGCAAACGAUUGAUGUUUCUCUCCCUAUCAAUGUUUCUCUCCCUCUCUUUCUUCCUUCCCUCUCUCAAUAAAUUAAAUAAAUAAAAAAUUUUUUUAAAGAAAUGAAAUGCAGUUCCUGUGUAUCUUGGUUUAAUGAUAGUUUCAUUUUUAGUUAGUUAUUUGUAUCUUAAUUUUUUUUGUUGGUACCCAAAGAAUCCAUUAUAUGAACAGACUUUUUAAAUAAUUUCUAUAUGUCAUAUCUAUAAAAUGGCUUUUAUUGAACAGCUUAUCAUCCACUUACAAGUUUAUGGAAAUAUUAAUAUGUCAAAAUAAAAUGUAGGAGAAAUCUUUGCUGUUAAAUGAAUGUUAUUAUUUUGAAUGACUUUUUUUUUAAAGGGAAUCCAAUCAAAGCACUUACAAACUGCAGGUAUAGUAUUCUAACUAUAACAUUUUAGCUAGUAAUACCACAAAGCGAUGUUUGUUUAUCUCUGCUUUUUGAAUUUAGAAUGUUAAGGUGUUCUUACCUGUUUAAUCCUAUUUGGGGGGAUUUAUGCUUAUACAUAUGCUUGUACAUA